AUGUAUUUUUCGGCAACCGCGCUGAGUCGUGAUUAUUCGAAAACCGCGCUGUUCAUGCUUGCUUUUAAAAAUUUAAAUGUUGAAUGGAAUCAAAUUAAAAAAGAUUCUGAUUUAAUUAAAGAAAAAAUUGUAGAAUAUCAAUGUCAUCCUUAUCAUUCAUACGACGAAUGCCAGUCACAAAUCUGUACGAGACCUUCGUCGUCUACCUCUUCAAUAUUAAAUGAAUUGAAUAUUGCGGAUAUCGAUGAACCGAAUGUACUCAAUGAAUCAAACGUAAUCAAUGAAAAAGAAAAUGUAUCUGUUCUAAAGUCAAAACAUGCAGCACCUGUACAAGCAAUGAGAUUACGUGAACUUAAUGAUAUUAAUUCUCAAAUUGCAAGCUUAACAACAAUAUGUGAAUUUGGUUUAGCAAUCCGUAAUUGA